AUGCCUCGGGGACGCGACGAGUGCUGGCUGGAGGUCAAGCGCAACCUCGACGAGGACUCGGGCAAACGCCACCCUCGUGUCACGUGCAAGCAUUGCAUGACCGAAUGGACGUCCAACGAGAAGGCGCGAGUGAUCGAGCAUCUGCAACGCUGCGCCGAACUGCCCGAGCUGCUGUGGCGCACGUAUCAACCACACCGCCUCGACCCGACUCUGCCCUCUGCCGCCGAGCUGCAGCAGCAACAGCGCGCCCGCACGCGAGGCAUCGGGUCGAUGUCCGCCAACGAGCAGGACAUCGCCACCAGUGCCUGUGCCCAGUGGAUUCACUCGUCGGGCCUCAAUCCGAACAUCACCGAGCAUCCCGCCUUCAGGGCCUUCCUGCGCACCCUUCGUCCUGCCUUCAAAGUGCCCAGCAGACACCAGCUCACCCACGCGCUGGUCGAUGCUCCCCUGAUGUUCAUUGCCUACUUGGCAGACCCGCAAGAACGCCAUCGCCGCCCUGCCAUUCUCGACAGCAACGAGGAGACCCAGUCCCGCUCCCUGCAAGCCUUCCUCCUCAAGUAUGCCAACAAUCACGCCCCCAAGGCCUCGUCGCUGCUUGCCAUGCUGUCGUUGCUCCGAGUCAAGCAGGGUCCGUUCGCCAACAAUAUGGUCUGGAUGGCCAGCGAGCAGAUGACUCCAAUCCAAUGGUGGCAGAACUUCUGGACCGAAGAGCACCCUGACCUGGCUGAGCUCUGCAUGAUCGCCCUCGCCAUUGCGCCUCCUGGUGACACCAUUGAGCGGAACUGGUCACCUCACAGCUUCGUCCAUAUCCUCAAGCGUAACAACUUGAGCCCGGAUCUUGUCAAUCGCCUUGUCGUCACCUUUUGGAACUUGAGAAUCCAGCAUGGCUGGGUAGAUGAUUCGGUCAACGUGACCACCGCCGACGCUCCUCACGAACCAGACGCAGAGUUCACUCCCGACCACAUGGAAGGAUUCAUGCCCUCCGCGAACGCAAUCAACGCUUACCUCGGCCAUGGCGACAUACCUAUUGCAGCAAAUCAGAGGCAGCUGAAGCUGGCUGAUGGAGUGAGCAAUUCGAGCGUAGCACGGAUGCUGGAGCAGUUCUACGUCCACGAUCCAAUUGACAAGAGCUGUUUGGGUUGA